AUGGCUCCCGAGAACGCAGGCGCCGAAGAGGUUACCUCGAUUGUUCGCUCCAUUGUCAACAACCAAGACUAUGUGAGGAAGAAGACAAAGGCUACCUCUGCAACUUCAAGCCACAAAGCCGGCAUCUAUUGUGCCGAAGUCAGUCUCUAUCGCCCACAUCCUCGAAUCCCGGCCUUCGUGCACUCUCAAGAUUUCCAGGUGCUCCCUCAAGGCCACCCACGUGCAGAGGAGUUCAAGGCAACAUCAACGCUCUUCUCGUACUCCGUCGAACACCUCCACUGCAACACCUCCAUCUCCCAUGGAGACCUGAAAGAGAGCAACAUCUACCUUCAUUUCCCAACCCCGGAGAGCAGGCUUCCGGACUUCUAUAUCGGAGAUCUUGGCUUGGCCAGACUGGUCGAUCAGAGCGUCUGGGAAGUGCCUGGAAAUCCGCCAGCACGGAAACUGAGAGAUGCCAAAGUUAUCAAGGAGGAAGACAAACAUGCCCAGCGAGAGUGCCAGACCAGGAAGCAAAUGGGCGUUGCUCAAGAACAACCACCACCGCCGUCGCGCACGCAGCAGAUUGAGGCGAUGAUCAACGACCUCAGGGGCAUCCACACCUGCCUGUCGAAAGUCCUGGAAGGCCGUGGCCAGCCUGAUCAAAACAAAACAUUCGCACCAUUUAGAGACUGGAACUGGGUGCUCAUCAUGAAUACCAACCCAGAGGAUUACAAUGCCUUUGUGGGCUUCCGUGAAGCUGUCAGCGGGCUUGCUCAGCAGGCCCGAGACGCAACGGGAGGCCCCCUGCUAGAAUUCCAGUGGACUCGACAGCACCGGUACAGAGACGACCUAGCGCCAGGGGUGCUGACUCCUAGCUACCCCUGGAAGAAAUACAACCACCAUCUGGCCAACCAUUCCUGGUUGAGAAGCCGCCUUUCCACGGAGUGGCAGCACAAGCCACUACCAGAAAUACAACUCUACAAGUCCCGCUACGAGUUGCUGAGCCUGUGCGCCAAGGUCCCAGGCCCAUGGAAGAUCGCACGAGUCGAUCCAACCACGCUCAAGGUCCUGGCAGUCGAAGAGCUCAGCUUCAACCUGCAUAUCCCCUCGCUGAAGGAUAAUUGCCCGGUGACCCCUAGCGGUCGUCCGUUCAAUCACGACGACCAUUCCAUGGUCAAUCAACUAGUUACUACAGAGGUCGACCGCCUUGGCAUGACCAACAUUGUCUCGGCUGCCAUGGUACGUGGCCACGGAUACAACCAAGUCUGGUUUUGGGACGUUGACCCAGAGUGGAACAAAGAGAGACAUUCGAAACAGGGUCAGCUGACGCCGCAAGCAACAUAUCUGCCUCCUCCGGAGCCGCCAUUGCCGGCUCCAGAGAUGCCGCAUCCAACUCCGCAGGCGGGCCCGUCAGCAGCACAAAGAACGUCGCCGACAUCCCCUAGAGAGGCAUCGGCCACAGAAGAGGCCUCCACAACGGCCCAGCUCCCUCCAGAUACACAACGGGCUGCCACGGCUUUGCUCCAGGAUUCUCCUGCGGCGCAGCAGACGUCUCCAUCCCCUGCACCUCCUCCACCUUCACAUCGACCUCCCCUUCCACCUCAGUCACAAACCCCUCUUGCCCCCGAAGAGGGCUCCUCAACUCCGCAACAGGGCUCUCCAGUUGCGCAACAGGAUUUUCCAACCCCUCGCCCCCAGACCCCUCUCGCUGCAGAACCGGCUGCCACUGAGGCUGCAGCAGCCCCAGAGAGCGACGUUCAAGAAGACGAGCAAGCAAACGCAGUCGUCAAGAAGGCGAAGAAGGGUGUGAGAAAGGGCCGAAAGGGAAGAGCGAGAGGCUGGUGGUGGUGGUGGUGGUGGUGGUGUUGGUGGUGGCGUUGGUGCGAAACACCCUCCGGGACGAAAUCAUCCUGCCACAAGACCACCGCGUGCGGCACAGCCGGCCCCGUCAGGCAGGGUCACGACCCGAAGUAUGGGGCGCAAAGCGGCGGAGGAAAAGAUCAUCUGGACCAGAAGCAGGACCAGGGCCGCGGCGGUGGCAGCACACAGGUGUUGAGGUGGAAAAGUCCUCACAGAAGAGCAGAAAUGUAA